GAUGCUCGGUGAUAAAAGAGCUUUAGCGCUCAAGCUGGAAGCCGAGAAAUAGCUCAAGCUGGAAGCCGAGAAAUAGACUUUUCCCCAUGAACUAACUGUCAAAGCCGUACCCUAGAAGGAGCUAUUGACAAGAUGGUGUGUUUAUUAUGUGAAUGUCUCAACGUGACGGUCCACUGUAAGGACACUGCCUGGAAGAGCAGACCAGUAGCUGCUAACAACUUGUUCCCAGACAACUGUAAAGAGAGACUAGUAGUAGGAAGAGAGACUGUGUAUGAGGUGGACUUAGAUGUGGCUGGAGUGUUCGCAGAGCACAGAACACUGCUGGUCUCACACAGUAACGGAGAUUGGGUCAUCCACAGAUGCUGCAACUGUAACACUGACGUAUACAUAUCCCAUAUAAUCAAAGAAGACAAGACCUUCGUCACCGCUCACCUCAUGAGUGAGGUUGCUGAGAUUCGUGCGGCUAAGACUCAUGAGCGCUACAGUACGGUCUUCAAAGUGAUAGUGAGGGAGGGCCAAGAAGACCCAGUGGACACCUUUAGCAGGAAAAGAGUGUCCAGUAUGUCAUUUGGUCGAGAGGACCCUGUCAUGAAGACACUGCACGAACAGAUGAAGAGUUACCUAAACAAAGAGCAGCAAGCCAUGGAGGAGAGAAUUAGGAAGGUUGAGGAGGCUGAGCGUGAAAAAUUCUCACAGCUCCAGAAGAAAACACACUCUGAGAGGACCUCCCUCUUUUCUGCCAUUUCCAGAGCUAGGGAGAAUGUGAUAUCUGAUGCUAUUCGAGACAGUAUGCUGAUCACGACACACACGUACACAGAGCCCGCCCACACUGCCCCCCUCACCACCAUGGCUAGCAGACCCACGAGGAAAGCCCCCUCCCCCACCAAGCCUAGGCAGAAUGUCACCAUCACUCUGAGAGACCCUGUACCUACCUCCACCAUGCAGACUCCUCGAGUCAAGAGCCCUGACAUGGACGACCCGGAUAUGUUCUCAUUAGACGGAUUUGAUGAGGGGGAUCAUAUCCUUGACGACCCCGACGGUGUAGCCAUAGCAACUGGAGGGGGAGUGGCUUUCCCACAAUCUGAUGACGAAGAGAUCAGUACAGAUGAUAGUUCAUUCCGUGAUGUGUCUGACUUGACGGCUGGGGGGAUAGCAAUGUCCGUACCCCUCAGCAUACCGAUGUACCCCCCGCAGAGGGCUCAUGAGGCUAGUCAACAGUCACAGAAGUUUGACCCAAACCAUGUGGGCAACUCCAUUAAGGCACUUGCUUUGAGUGUACAGGACACAAGUCUGUUUGGUGAACUACCACGCCCCAGAAUGAAGUCAAGCUCGUAUGCACGGAAAUGGUGAACUCUGUUUUAGGACUUCUAGGAAUUAAUGAAUGGGCUUAUACAGGGGAUCUAAUUCACGUAGACUAUGUACCACUCAUGCACCCACGCAACCAUGCAUAGUGUGAUUCUUUGUCUUGUUCACCUGAGCCGUCUUGCUGAAUAUUUUUGUGUCAUACUUGCUUGUCAAGUUUUAUCAUUCUGAUUGACCCACAUUACCACAUAGAGCUUUGUUACAUGUUAUGUACAAAGAUUAUUCACAUGAAAAGUUGUUUAAUUGCA